AGCAGUGUGUUCCGGUCUGCGGCAUAUCGGUCAUGAAUGUGGAGAGAAGAUUAAGUAAUCGUAAAUUUGAAUUAAUAUAAUAUAGAAAUAUAUUUAAGAUUGAUUUUCAUAAUAAAAUAUUUGCGUUUGCGGGCAUAAGUGUUUUUCAUCGUUGUUUUGCAAACGAAUCACACCCAUAACCUGUUGCUGGCUGCAGGAUGUUCUUGACUUUGGCGCUUUUUCGGAAGGGGAUCCCAGGAAAGCAGUGGAUUGGGAAGCAUCGUCGGCCUCGUGCAGUCACCUGGCAGAUGAAGCGGAAUAUGUUGGAACGCCUGGAGCAGGAAGCAGAGAAUGAAUACUGGAUCAGCCGGCCGUUCAUGACAUUAGAGCAGGAGAGAGGCCAUGCAGCACAGAGACGGGAGUGGAUGUCGCUUCAAAUCAAAGCUGCACGACAAGCCAAGUUCCCUGAACACAAAUACAUCGCAGACCAAUUGAACCAUUUGAACAUCACCAAGAACUGGGCCAGCUAACCGGGGCACCAAAGAUUGAUGGUGCAGAUCUCUGGCUUUUGAGAGGGAGCAGAUAGGACUUUAAUUUUCUGUUUGUGCAAGUUACCUUGGGCAUCUGUAUGUGAUAUUGGCUGUGUUUAUAAAUGAUGUCUGAUUAA